AUGGCUCGUUGACUGAGUUAAAGUGUUUUGUUGAACAAAUGUUAAAGCUUCAGGGGAAAUGGAGUUCGCCUGGCGGGGAUGUGAAGCUCUUCUGUGACAACGAAUCCAAAUUCAGUAUCAAAUGGUAUGGUCAACGAUCUCGAAAACUUAUCAUUCAAACAGAUAGUGAUGAACAUUAUUUAAAGUUGGAAUUUCAAAAAUUAGCCGGUACAUGCGAGGAUAACAACCCAGACGCUGAUGAAAAUUUUGUUAACCUAAUAACGGACAUAUCCGCUAAGAAAGAUGUAUAUACAGCCGAUGAGGAAAGCCAAGUUAUAUCGCUGGAGAGGUUAAUGGAAGUUGAAGUUACCGACGUGAAUAAACAGAAUCAUGAAACUGUGAGCUGUGUUGUUGACAGGAAUGUGAAAUGCAUCGAUGAACCUGAGGUAUGUGGCCAUGUUUGUACAUGCACUUGUAGCUGUGUUAACGCGGUUGUAAGCGCGGAAUUAGAGGGUUUGAAGUUGGAAAUGACAAUCCUCGAAUCUCGGUUGCUCAGCGUAACCUCUAAAAGCGAUAAUGAGUCUGAGAUAAAAUCGCUCCGAGUAAAAUUAAAAGAUUUGGAAGCCGUAAUUCGACAUCAGGAUGAAUUAAUUCAGGUACUUAACGAAGACAAUUCAUUCUUUAAGUCUAAAUUAUCAUCAAUAGAAAACUUCAUGCUUGAAGUAAUUCAUAAUGUAAAUCAAGAAAACAAUGCUAAUGAUACAAGCCCAAUUAACAUGGAAACUCCAUCUGCAGAUAAAACAACAGCUCAUUUGAAUAGUAAUAAUAAAACCCUAACGGAGAACAAUGAUCGCGGGUCAGCUAAUAAUGUAAUUAAUAUUCCAGCCGAAAUAACACCUUGUAAUGGUGCACAAUUGGAGAACUUGAACAUAAACAAUGAAAGUCCAAUUAACAUUGAAAUCUCAUCUGCAGUUAAAACACCAGCUUGGAUGAAUGAAAACAAUACAAGUUCAAGAACCAGUGUAAUUCCAUCUCCCAAACAAACCCCCCGAGGCUAUCGUAUUAACACAAGUAAAAAGGAAAAAGCAUUAGUGCCGUGCCCUUUCCUAAAAAGGAAAGGCCACUGUUUGAAAGGACCCAGAUGUGACUUUUUGCAUAAAAAUGUUUUACCUGCAGUAUGUGGACCGAAAAUCCAACAAGGAAACCACCCUAAACCACAACAUCAUGAUAAGUCCCGAAUACCCUGUCCCUUUUUACGGAAGAAUGGAUUCUGUCUAAAGGAUGAUAGAUGCGAUUUUUCCCAUUAUCCGGGUCCUGAUAACAUGCCUGCACCAAUUUCCUUUAACCAUUUUCCUUUUUUCCCCCAUUCGAAUUAUUAUUUUCCCUCCUUCCGUCAUCCAAUGCUUCAUCCCUUGUUCCCGAUGUCUCAGCACCCGUACCCACCAAGAGCCCCAAACCCAUAUCCAGACCCCCAAACCCAUAUCCAGAAACCAGAAUCCAGAAUUUGGAUGCAGAGGUAACAAAACAGAUACCUGUCAGAACUACGGCAUGUAAAUUAAACUUGAAGCCCUAUCGUAAUGUUGAUGUUAACAAGCGAGAUACUAAGAAUACGAAACAAUCUCGAUAUGUAAAUUUUAAUAAUUUAAUUUAUGUCAAUUGUACAAAGGAACAAAAGACUUAUUUUAUGCCUAUCAACUUUUGUCUGUUGAACACCAGAUCAAUAAAUAGGAAAGAACUUUUUAUUAAUGACUAUGUCUCUGAGAACGAUAUUGAUAUUCUGACAAUGACUGAGACAUGGUUACGUGAGGAUGAUAACGAAUUUUCUAUUGCUGAAAUCUGCCCAACAGGGUAUCACUUUUACCACGUUACAAGGAAAAAUGCACGAGGUGGAGGAGUUGGUCUCUUACUGAAGAAAUAUAUUAAAGCCAAAAAACAAUCCCAGAGAAAAUUCUCUUCUUUUGAAUAUGUUGAUGUCACCCUGAACUACCGUAACACUUGCACCAGAACGAUUGUCAUUUAUAGACCACCGCCAUCGAAGACUAACAAACUAAGCAGUUCAGUAUUUUUUGAAGAAUUCUGCAUACUUGUAGAACAGUUGAUCAUAUUACCUGGCAAUAUAUUAAUAGCAAUAAUUAAUAGCAAUAAUUUCCAUGUAGAUAACAUUACAGAUACUACUAAACUCAACAGGAUACUGGAAUCGUUUAAUUUACAACAGCACGUCAAUGGGCCAACCCACACGAAAGGCCACACUUUAGAUUUGAUUAUAACAAGGAAUGAAGAUAAAUUAGUUACUGGUAUCAGAAUACAUGAUCCAGUAAUAUCAGAUCAUCUUGCCAUACAUUGUACAUUAAAAUUAGAGAAACAACCAUUGGAGCAAGCUGAAAUUUACUAUCGAAAAUUAAACAAUGUAAACAUGAAUAGUUUCAAUGAAGAUCUAAAAGUGCUAGAUUUAGAUGAUGAUUAUGAUUAUGAUCUCCCAGUCCUUAUUGAUAAAUAUGAAAAUACGCUGAAAGAAACAUUACAGCAACAUGCCCCACAAAAACGACGAAUUAUAACUCUCCGUCCUCUAUCACCAUGGUACAAUGAAGAGAUUGGUCAAGAAAAAAGAAAUCGCAGAAAAUUAGAGCGCCGCUGGCGCGCAUCUGGAUUAUGUAUUGACAGACA